AUGAUGAGGCUAGGCUGGGUUCGAGGGCUGACCCCUUUUCUGGCCAUGGCUGCUGGAAUACUCUACAUCACAUCUAUUAAGCAGGAGAUUGCUUCUCAUGGGGAGCUACUGCAGAGGGCCCAUCAAAAUGACUCGGUCAGGGGCCAGGACAUGCUCAAGAGGCUGGAGAAGAUGGAAGCUCACAUUGAGAAGCUGUUGAAGACAAUCAACGACGGGCGCAGUCUGAAAGAGGGGCAGGCUGUGAAGGCUCCUGAGGUCAAGGAGAGGAAGGUGGUGAAGAAGUUGUACCCCAACUCAGCUCUGUUCACAGGCUGGGGUGGUGAGCUCUCAGAGGAGGAGCAGAAAGAGGCAGAGGGGCUGUUUCAGAUGUAUGGAUACAACGCCUUCCUGAGUGACAGACUACCCCUGAACAGGGAACUCCCUGAUACUCGCGAUCCUAAAUGUGCUAAGCACCAGUAUCCCCAUGACCUGCCCACCAUCAGCGUGGUGUUGAUCUACUUGGACGAGGCCCUGUCAAUCAUCAAGAGAGCCGUCCGCAGCAUCAUAGACAAGACCCCCCAACGCCUGCUCAAAGACAUCAUACUGGUGGAUGACCACAGCUCCAAUGAGGAUCUAAAGGAGAAGUUGGAUGCCUACAUCAGCUUCAUUCAUGAAGAGCGUCCCGGCCUGGUGAAGAGAGUGAGACACUCAGAGCAGCUCGGUCUCACACAGGCCCGCCUCUCAGGGUGGAGGGAAGCUACAGGAGAUGUGGUGGCCAUCUUGGAUGCCCACAUAGAGGUCCAUGUGGAAUGGGCGGAGCCUCUGUUAGCUCGGAUAAAGGAGGACCGCACGUUGGUGUUGACACCGGUGUUUGACAAAGUCCAUUUCGAUGACUUGACCGUCACACGCUAUGGGCCUGCUGCAGAUGCCUUUGACUGGGCCCUGUGGUGUAUGUACGAGCCCUUCAGACCUGAGUGGUAUGCCUUGAAAGACGAGUCACAGCCAGGAAAGAGCCCCUCCAUUAUGGGCAUACUAGUGGUUGAUCGCCUGUUCUUUGGAGAAAUUGGUGCUCUGGAUGGUGGUAUGAAGAUCUAUGGAGGUGAAAAUGUUGAACUGGGCAUCCGGGUGUGGCUUUGUGGUGGAAGUGUCGAGGUCAUACCUUGUUCUAAAAUAGCCCACAUCGAGAGGGCCCAUAAACCCUAUCUCCCCGACCUGAGCAUUACAAUGAAGAGGAAUGCUCUGAGAGUGGCUGAGGUCUGGAUGGAUGACUACAAACAUAAUGUCAACAUUGCCUGGAACAUCCCACUGAAGGAUCAUGGCAUAGACAUUGGGGAUGUUUCGGAGAGGAAGAAGUUGAGAAAGAGGCUGAACUGCAAACCCUUCCAGUGGUAUCUGGAUAACGUGUAUCCCAUGUUAGAGCCCCUGGGUGACUUGUUUGGUUAUGGAGUUCUGGUCAAUGACCAGAAGACGAGUCUCUGUAUAGAUCAAGGCCCAGUCCCGGGGAACACACCUAUUUUAUAUAGAUGCCAUUAUUAUGGUCCACAGAUCUGUUAUUAUCGAGCCAGUGGGGAGAUCUACAUUGGAGGCAUCAUGUCUCACAAGUACAACAGUAAUCGCUGUCUGGUGGACACUGGCACUCAAACCCCAGGACUGUAUGAGUGCAAGGUGGCCAAGCAGAAGGGAUUCCACAUGCUCUGGGACUUCCAACAGGGAAAAGCCAUCCAGAACAGACAGACAAAGAGAUGUCUGGAGAUUGCCCCAGGGGAGAACACUCCCUACCAGCUCAUCAUUCAGGAGUGCAGUGGGCAGCACUGGAACAUACAGAAUCUGAUUAAAGACUUCUGAUACACUGAGAUAGGCCAACCAGAGACAAUACAGCAGGACUAUAGGAGUUAUGCUGCAAUCAUAAGCAAGUGGGAAUGUGGUAUUUACCACACACGACUGGUUAAAGUCUACUUGUACGACCCUCCAACUGGUAGUUACUAGUGGGAAACUCGUCUUUCUUCCCUGAGCUCCGACUUCUCCCACAUGCUGACCUCUGACGUCACCUACUAAGGAAAUUACCCUUUUAACAGCAUUUUCAGCAGAUCAAUGCAACAACAAAACAUUUACAAAAAGAUGUCUUUAAAUAUGUUUUUGAACAAACAUGAUAUCUGUACUUACAGUUUAUGGUUGACACAGCUUCUUGGCCCUUAACCAAUCUGAGUUUCUCAAUGAGUUCAAUGCAUGUGAAUGCAUCCAACUGGUAUUUAUGACUUCACAACUGGUAAUUACCACCUUCCCACUUUGUUAUGAACACAGCAUUGUCAUCAUGCUUUGAAAAUCCUAUUGGUCUUCAGCAGUGAGAUGACUGUGUGAUCUUAGUGAUCUAUUGGUUGUACAUAGCUUCAUGGGGUCAGAUGUCGAGUUUCUUCACAUAAUGUGGAAUGCUAU